AUGUCAGCUCAAGAUUAUUACGGAAACUCUGCCUCCAAACAAAGCUAUUCUCGUCCUAGCGCUCCACCACCAGGAUAUGAAACGGCGUCUAGAGGUUACGCUCCAUCGCAAAGCCAACAGAACUAUUAUCCACCUCAACAGCAGCAGCAGCAGUAUCAGCAACAACCUCAAUACUAUCAGCAACAGCAGCCCCAAUAUUACCAACAACACCCACAGCAGCCCAUUUAUGUCCAACAACAACCGGCCAGUUCUGGAAAUGAAGACUGUCUAGCGGGCUGUCUAGCGGGUUUAUGUUUAUGCUGUACUUUGGAUAUGCUGUUUUAG